AUGAACUUUCAUUAUUCAAAAAAUACGACGCACCGUCCACAAAAUACUUCUUCACAUUUCAACGAAGACGCACGCUGUGAUAACGAAGUUAAUUUAAUUUUGGAAAAAAAUUACAAUCAAAAACUUUUUGAACAAUCGAUUUAUCCUGAACAAACGCAACAACCACAACAACAAUCAAGUGUCGUCGUAAAUCAAACAGAUCAAUAUUAUUUUAUGCCAAUUCGCGAACAAAGUUCAACAAUGGCUUUACAUACCAAUAACAACUCAAAUGUAGUCGAUAAUACAUCAAUUUCAACAAGUAAUCAUGAUAAACCGUCCAAACAUGAUUUAUUUGAUUAUUCUACAACAACAUCAAAGACAAGUUCAUUUGCUUCAACAUCAUUAAAUAAAGGAAAUAAUAAUUAUCAUUUGGAUGAUACUGAUCUUGCUGGACUAUUUGCAUCAUCUAUUGUUUCAAUAUCCCGAUCAACUACAGCUAUUGAUAAUAAGAAUGAUAUGACAGAUAAUCCAAAUACAUUAGAUGAUUUCUUUUUUCAACAAGUUAGUGAAAUUGUUUGUUCGCCUCAACAAAAUGUUGGACCACCACCAGGCUUUGAAAAUUUUCAUUUUGAUGCAUCAUCAUCGGAUAGUUUAACAACAGUAUCAUCAAUUAAUGCUGCUAAUGUUGUUCAAUCACAAGUCUCUACUUCAGAUACAAUCAAUUUUAGUCAGUUAUUACCAUCGACCAACGUCGAUACUCAACAGCAAACAUCAAUUGGUGGUAAUGUUCGUUCAUCGUCAUCAUCUCAUUCAUCAUAUACAUCCGAUGAUCAAACAAUUUUUUUUCCAAUGGCUGCUCAUCCUUAUUCAUCACCAAGUCAGAUUUUUCCCAUUAAUACAAGUGUAUCAGCAGCAACAAAUUCAAUAAAUUCGAAUGCGAAACCAUUUAUACCCAAUAGUCUUUCAAAUCAUGAGAAACAAUUUAAUUCAUAUGAUAAAAAUCGUUCUAUAAGUCCGAAACCAACAAUAAUGGCCGAUACUGAUACAAUAUUAAAAGGUGGAGAUGCUACACCAAGCCAUGUAUUUGCAUCACCAACUUCAUUUUUUAGUAAUAGUCAUGCAGAUUUUGCUCCAGCAAAACCAUCAUCGAAUAAAACCUCAUCUACAAAUCGUCAAUCAUCAUCAUCAACUUCAUCAUCAACAUCAUCUUCGAUUGAUGAAGCACUUAGUCAACUAAGCCAACAACAUUCACAUGCACGAGCACAAACAACUAACAAAUUAUUUUCCGAUGAAUCAUUAUCAAUAUUCAAUUUUCCUCAACCAAAAACGACAUCAACACAUAUUGAUAAACAACAACGAGCAGUAUGUGAUAAUAUUAAUUUUCUUGCUUCAAUGGCAGCUGGUUCAACACCAGUAACACCCGAAUCACCUUGGCAAAAAACAACUCAUUCCAGUUCGAAUUUACAACCUAAAAUACAAUCAAUACGUCAACAACAAACUAUUUUACCACAAUCACCUGCAACAAGUUCUUCUUUUAAUAUGCAAGAAUUACAAGAUAGUUUAAAUGAACUUUGUUAUCGUGGUUUUGAUGAACUCAAUGCUCUUAUACAAGAACAACGAUGGGUACAAAAUUAUCUAAAUUUGAAUUCAUCAUCAUUGCCAACAUCUAAUUCACCAUUAGUAAAUAUAAAUGGUGCAAGUUCUUGUUCAUCACGUAUAUUGAUUGUACCAGAAUAUUUUAUAUUUAAAUGUAAAAAAGUUGAAGUUACUGCAUGUCAUGUUUAUGAUGUAUUAGCUACUGGACGACCGGAAUUACGUUUACGAGAUUUAAUGUUUGUUUUUAAAUCAUGGAGAGAAACAAUUGCAAAUGCCGAAUUUGUUCAUCAAGAAGAAGAAGUGAAAUUAAGAUUGAAUACGGAACAUUUUCCUUCAUACUAUAUGAAUGAAACAAUUCUACAAGCAGCUUUUGAACGAGUUUAUCUCGUAAUUCGACAAUUAGUCAGUAUGACACAACAAGCUCGUGCUGCUUUUCAAUAUGCUACAUUAAAUGUCUUUCAAAUGUCAUCUCGACAAACAAGUCAAACAUCGUCGAAUUUAUCUCAGUCAUCAAAUUCUAUUGCACUCGCUCAACUACAAGCAAUGCAACAACCAAAAUCAUCAUCAACUCAUCGUAUUGGUGGUUCUAUGCGUGCAACACCUUAA